UUGCAACCGUCAGAUCUACUAAAGUAAUCCUCUUUAAAGAGGCUCAAAUACAUAGCGAAUAAAAAGGGCACCCCUCUUAGCGCCGCCUGUAAAGAGCUUAAAAAACACUGCUCCUUAUCUCCCAAAACCCACUAAACUAACCAAGAUGGAUCGGGAGAAGCUUAUGAAGAUGGCCAGUGCAGUUCGCACUGGUGGAAAGGGUAGUGUGAGAAGGAAGAAGAAGGCUAUACACAAGACUACUACUACAGAUGAUAAAAGGCUUCAGAGCACCCUGAAGAGAAUUGGAGUGAAUGCUAUACCUGCAAUCGAGGAAGUCAACAUAUUCAAGGAUGACAUGGUUAUCCAGUUUCUAAAUCCCAAAGUGCAAGCAUCCAUUGCUGCCAACACGUGGGUUGUUAGUGGUGCUCCACAAACUAAGAAAUUGCAAGAUAUUCUCCCUCAGGUUCUCAGUCAUUUAGGUCCUGAUAACUUGGACAACCUGAAGAAAUUGGCGGAGCAGAUCCAGAAGCAGGCACCUGGUGCAGGUGCUACCGCUGCAGAUGCAGCUGCACAGGAUGAUGAUGAUGAUGUCCCGGAUCUUGUGCCUGGGGAGACCUUUGAAGCUGCAGCAGAGGAGGGUAAAGCUGCUGCUUCUUAGAGAGAUUUAGAAGGAUUUUGUGCUAUUUUAUAUACUUCCUGUGUUUUUGAAGUGUUACCCAUUUUUCUAAUAACAUCAAUCUUAAUCUUAUGUUCUCAGUGACUCUUUA